AUGUCGGCAUGGGGAGUGGUGAAUUUUCCUAAAGAAGAUACAGUGGAGGCAGUACCUGUUGUGUGGAUGAGGGGAUCCAACCAAUGCUAUUGGCCUCCCUUUGGUGGGCUGAAUCUCAAAUCAGCUAUUUCCAAAUGCAUGCUACGAUCUCCUGAAUGGGAUGUACAUGAAGCCCGGGUUAUUGGAGAAGAAUAUGGAGAUUUAUCUGUUGCCCGCAUGAAGGCUCUUGAAGCCAAAAAUACUUCUGAUUUGAAUUCUGAUUCAGACUUAUUGGGACAAGGACAUAAAAAAAUUCGAACGAAUGAGAGAUAUAUGAUAGAUUCUGAUUCAGACAAAGAGAAUGAUUAUACCCCAUCACCAGAAACAUCUCAAAUUUUGAUGCCUGUCCUAAAAACAAGGGAGGCAAAAAAGUCAGCACCCACUUCAGAUGAUUUCGAAAUUGAUUCAAAUCCAGAUUCCUGGAAACAAGAUCCUUCAUAUAAGGAUUGGUUAAUAAAAAUCAAUAAUUUGACGGCAAAAUGUGUAUUUUGUAACGUUGAAUUUACGAUAAAACAUGAUGGAGAAAAGGCUCUAAAAACCCACAAUAAUAGUCAGAAACAUUGUGCAUCGUCGAAUAAUCGGGCUAAAAAUCAGUUGUUGACUGCCUUUAUGCCGAAAAAAAAUAGCACCGAUGAUUUAUAUGUCACGAUAAUUGAAGUUUCACAAAUUUAUCAUGGCGUCAAUCACCAUCACAGCUAUUUGAGUACAGAUUGUGGAAUUAAACUCAACACGACAUUAUACAAAGAUUCUGCUUUCGCUAAAAAAGUCCAUUGUGGCCGAACUAAAGCAGAAGCCAUUGUUAUGAACUGUUCAGGUCCAAAAAGUAUUGAAUCUUCCCUGGAAGAAAUGGGCGCGAACACUAAUCAGACCAUUCCAUUUUCGGUUUCGUGUGAUGCCUCAAAUAAGGGUAAUCAAAAGUUGUUUCCUGUGGCAGUGAGAUACUUCAGUGUAAAAAAUGGUAUUCAAGAUAAACUUUUAGACUUCAUAGAGAAUAAUGAUGAAAGUUCAGCUUCAAUUACGAAUUCAAUAAAGAUUACAUUAGAAAUGUGUCGUCUCAAAAUGUGCGACGUUAGCUCCUAUAGUGCUGAUAACGCAUCGGUAAAUUAUGGUGUUCACAAUUCAAUUUACCAAAAAUUAGUUCUCUCCAAUCCAAAUAUUUUAAUAGCAAAUUGUAACUGCCACGUUAUCCACAAUGCCGGCAGAAAUGCUUGUAAGGCAUUAUCAUACGAUGUGGAAAACUUGGUUCUGAAAGUUUACGCCGAAUUUUCCAACAGCUCCAAGAAAAGUGAGUUAUUGAGAGAGUGUUUUGAAUUCAUGGAUAUGGAAUACGAAAAAAUCUUAAGGCAUGUUUCCACCAGGUGGCUUUCUUUAUUUGUCGCCGUCGAUCGCCUCCUAAAAUGUUGGCCAGCAGUGAAAAAGUAUUUCUUGGAAUUAGGAGAAGAUGACUGUAAUAAAACUGUUUGGAGAUUUGUAAAAAAUCGAGAGCACGGAUUGGAAGAAGACAUAAACGCUCAACUUACUUUCCCAGAAUGUUAUUUAUAUUUCGUUCACCAUUACAUGAAUGUAUUGAACACUCAUAUUCUUAAAUUAGAAUCUAAAAGUUUAACAAUUAUUGAAUUGCAUGAUAUCAUGAACGAAUUGAAGAACAAUAUUUCUCAUAGACUGGCCGACAAUUUUUUUGGUGCGAAGGUGAAUACCGCUUUAAAAUACCUAGGUAAAAGUGAAAAGCAGAAGUUUAUUAGUGAGGCAAGCCUAGUAUAUAAGAAAACGAUUGAUACUCCUUACCAACACUUUGUACAUCUGAACAUAAAAAAAAAUAAAAACAUAACUUAUCAACAAAUUUUAGACGCUAAAAAUUAUGCAAAAGUCGCGAAUAUAGAUGAAGAUAGGCUUUACGAUGAAAUAGUAAUUUUGAAAACUGCUUUAAAUGAAAUAGAUGAGAACGAACUAAAUGUGAAAAAAAUAGACGAAAUUUGGGUUAAAAUAUUUCAAAACGCAGAACUACCCCAACUUUUGAAAAUUGUUGAAUUUGAUGAAACAGGCUGUGUAGAAACCAACCCAAGGAACGAUGAUAUUGAACCAGCCAAUAUAAUGAAACCUACUACAGAACCUGAUGAAGUGUACGUGAGCAACACAAGAGUAUACCAAUCAGGAGCUUCAAAAAUCGUUCAUGCAGCUUCGAAAAUUGAAAGCGUAGAGCCAAAUAAUAUGACAAAAAAAAUUUCUGAACAUACAGAAGAUCAAAAGGUCAGUGCCGACUGCGAAAAUAUAGAUUCAUGGAAAACACCUAUAAUAUCAUCGCCACAACAAGAAAUUACUCGGGUGGAUGUAUAUAAUCAGGGAAUAAGCUUGAAUGAUCCUACUCCAGAAACUAGCUCAGAAAAUCAAAAGGCUAACAUAUCUGGAGAUGAAAUCCUGAGUGUUCUGAAUACUGAAGGGAAUAUGUUCAACCAGACACAUGUAUUUUGUGUUGUUCCUGGUGUAGAGAUCAGCUUAGAAGACAGUUCUGAUAGGGAAUCAGAUACAAAAAAACAUGAUGUUCAAUUUCCGAAUAAUCAAGAAGACCUGAGAAACCAGGCGGUCACAGAUAUCGAAAGUCUGGUAGAUACUGAAAAUUCAGAUUCGGAAUCAUCCGGUCCUGAAGAAGAAGUUGCUGAAAUCACUGAUGAAAGAAUUAUUGAACUCGUGGACUACAGUGAAUCAGAGAAUAGCGAGGAUAAUUCGAUGCAGAAGAAUACGUUAGAAGCUGAGGAAUGUGAAAGAAAAAGACGCAAAAGACACAAAGUUUCGAUAGAUGAUUGGACCAGCCGUAAACAGAGAGCUGAUAUAGAAAAAGGAAGACCUUAUAAAGGAAAAGAGAAAGAAGGAGGAAAAUGGAAAUAUACCGGCCAAAAGAGUUCCUGCGCACCAAAUUGUAUCUACAACGCAGCGACUGAGCAAUCGAUCGAUCGAUCGAUACAAAUAAACAAUAAACCAGUUUCAAAGCCAAGCACCAUCAGUAUUCUCUGCCUAGCAGCUAGCAGUAGUUGUUCCGUGGUAGCGGAGCAGUCAACAAUGCCGCGGCUGAGUACGCAAGUUUUAUCGCAAACUACAACUGUAGAAGAUCGCACUCUGCGCUCGCAAAAAACUGAUACAUCGAACGAUACCACAAUCGAACAAAUAAUUCAGCAAGUUUCAUUAAAUGUCGCUGCUAAUCUGGAGGUUAAAUUUGAUGAUUUCCAUGAAAGCCUAGGAGGAUUCCAGAGACAAGUUUCCGAAAAUACUCAUCGAAUUCAACAAAUUGAUCUACGUAUGGAUGCUCUCGAGCAAUAUACUCGAAGGUGUUCUCUAAGAAUAUAUGGUAUUGAGGCUCAAAGUCAAGAAAAUGUACUCGAAGCAGUUAUUGAUUUCUUCAAAACCAAAAUGAAAAUCAAACACUCCACACAACAAGAUAUCGAGCACGAGUAUAGUAUAUCGAACAAUGUAGUCCUGGUUAAACUCAAGUCAUAUGGAGCGAAACGAUAA